AUGGCCAGCGAACUGUCUAUAAUUGUGGAUGACGACUCGGGGGAUUUCACAUAUUCCGGUGGGGAAUGGACGCUCAGCACGCUCGUUCAGUGGUACAAAGGGACGUCUUGGUGGCCCGCCUUCGCUGGAAACGGGGUAGAUUUUGGGACGUUCACAUUCAAUUUUGAAGGCUCUUCUGUCGCGUUCAUCGGAAAUACGCCCGUCCGUCAGCUAUCACAAUCCGCUCUGGUUUCUAUCGAUGGAGGAGCGCCCACGAAUAUCAGUUAUGGAGAUAAUUCACCACCUUCGUACAUGCAGUGGUACCAGUCUCCUACGCUCUCCGAUGGCCGGCAUACAAUCACUGUGAGCCGUAUAGGCAGCACCUCAGUCGAUUUUGCCGUCGUAAAAGUUGGUCGGAACACCGCGCUAUCCGGCAAGACCGUUAUCGUCGACGACGACAAUUCUGCUAUAUCCUACUCGUCCAAUUGGAGAAGAACUCCAAGUAGGUUUGAUGCCGGGACUCUGCCAGACGGUUAUCCUUAUGGCGGUAGUACACAUCGUGGAUCGACAGUUGGUGAUACGAUCACUUUCAGAUUUACCGGAACGUCGGCGUCUUUAUACGGCCUGUUCAAUUGGGCUAACAUCGGAGUCCUUGCAGCGUCAUAUACCCUGGAUGGGAGCACCGACGCUCAAACCUACUCGGUCACAAGCAGCUCGCCACAAUAUGUGAAAAACGACGCCGAGGCAUCGAACUUCCUCCUUUUCUCGCGCGACAAUCUUACAGCCGGGGACCACACUCUCGUUAUUACUAUUACUCGUUGCGACAACCAGGAUUUCAUGCUUGAUUAUAUCACCUAUGCCCCAUCGUUCUCAACGCUUGCGUCUAUGCCGAACCUCCCAGUAGGACCCGUCACCAACCCCGAUCCUACCACCAGUGACGGUUCAACAGGCAGCACCUCAGCUGCACCUGCAGGUAUCACGACCGUUGUGACUGGGACAAGCGGGGUUCCUAUUACCACCGUCAGCACCCCCAUUGACAUUAGUUCUGGAGCGCCUAGUCCGUCGAUAUCAUCAGGCUCGACUUCCUCUGGCACACAGUUGGGCAACCAAGGAACGGCCUCAGAAUCCAAUUCAACCCCCAUUGGCGCCAUUAUCGGCGGAGUCAUUGGUGGUUUAGGCGUUCUAGUUCUUGCUGUCUUCUUAUUUUUCUGGCUUCGCAGACGAAAAGCGCACGACAAUGAAUACGGGGUAGCUCCCAAUGCGUCUUUGAUUAAUAGCGGCAGCGAGUGCGCCAAUGGAAGUUAUCCCAGUUCAGGACACAUGCAAGAGCACCUCUCGCCAAACAGACCAACGUUUGUGAACUCGCCUGUCUCAAGUGGAACUAUCUCUCCUUUCCAAGAAACGCCGCCAGCAAACCACGGCUUUGGAUCCGUGCAGGCUUCGAAGCGAGAGAGGCUCGAGACAGUUCAGCGAAAUGCAUCAUCACCCUCGUCGGGUCCUUCAGGUGAUAUGACACCCACUGAUGCAACCCAACGGAGUAUGUCCCCUGAAGCCCGUGUUACUUCAUGGCAGGUGGCACCUCCAUCGUACGAAGCCGUGUCUCCGCAACCUCCCACCGUCGCUGUGAAAAGUUGA